UGGAUUUAAUCCGAGUUGGACGCGCUCAAUUUGAGGGAUUAAACAGAUCAGCAUGGUCGAAACAUCACAAGAACCAGUCUGCAGGAGAGGAGACCACAAAUAGCUGCUAGGCUCUUUCAAGGGAACGGAUCGGCAGAACCCUUCAAGAGGGAGACGCAGCGGCUGCUGCCGCUGCUGCAGCCGAGACAAUGAAAAUCAAAUACGCCGUGCCCGUCGUCUUCUUCGUGGCGCUCGUGAUCAUCCAGAAGGAGAAUAAUAUUAUCUCGAGGGUAUCAGAUAAACUGGCCUUGAAGCAGACACCCCAGACCCCGAUCCACGCCGGCAGAUCGGGCAGCGCCCUGGCAAGGCGCAACGUUUCGGUCCCCUCCCUGGCCGAGCCGAGCUCAGCCUUCACGCUGAUGAAGCGGCACCUGGAGAGAUACAGAAAGCGUCAGCUGGAGGCGGCACCGAUUAUCAACGGUAGGAAAGACAUUCUCCUUCUGGCCACCACCAGGACCGGUUCCUCCUUCGUGGGCGAGUUUUUCAACCAGCAUGGCGACAACAUGUUUUACCUGUACGAGCCGCUGUGGCAUGUGGAGAAAAUGCUGACGUUGGAGACGGGCGGCACCAACGCCACAGCCACCGCCAAAGCGUACUGCAACGUGCUCCGCCACCUCUUCCUGUGUGACUUCUCACUGCUGGAGAGCUUCAUCGAACCCCUCCCCAUGGAUCACAUCACUGCCUCGCUGUUCCGCAGAGAGUCCAGCAGCUCCCUGUGCCAGGAGGCGGUCUGCAGCCCCUUCGUCAAAGGGGUCUACGAGCGCUACCGCUGUAGGAACACGCGCUGCGGGCCUCUCAACCUGACCAUGGCUUCCGAGUCCUGCCUGCUGAAGGAACACCGAGCCAUUAAGGUGGUCAGAGUGCGCCAGUUGGAAAUUCUUCGUCCCCUGGCCGAGGACCCACGUCUCAAUGUGAAAUUUAUCCAGCUGGUUCGGGAUCCUCGGGCCGUGCUCUCCUCCCGCAUGGUGGCCUUCCCCGGCAAAUACAAAACCUGGAACAAUUGGCUCACGAACAAGGACGCGGACAUCGACGACAACGAGGUGAAGAAGCUGAAGAGCAACUGCGACAACAUCAGGAUGUCGGUGGAGCUUGGACUCAGGCAGCCGCUGUGGUUGCGCAACCGCUACAUGCUGGUGCGCUACGAGGACGUCGCCCGCUCGCCCGUGAACAAGGCGUCCGAGAUGUACAAGUUCACCGGGAUCCCGUUCACGCCGCAGGUCAAAGACUGGAUCCUGAAGAGCACGCAGGUCUCCAAGGAGAACAGAGGCCUUUACUCCACGCAAAAGAACUCCACCGAGCAAGUGGAGAAGUGGCGCUUCAGCUUGCCCUACAAGGCAGUCCAGUUGGUUCAGAAGGUCUGCGGGUCCACCCUGAAACUCUUCGGGUACAGGUUUGUGACGAGUGAGGAGAUGCUAAGAGACGAAAGUAUCAGCUUGAUAGAAGACUUUUUGUAGACCCCGAUGGACACAAAGUUAUAUUUAUUAGCCUCUUUUGUCAUAAAACAUAUUUUUUUUAAUUCUGAUAUUUAACACGGAUUUACUUUGUUUUACUAUUUAAAAUAGCAAGAAUCAAUUGAAAAAGUAUUGACUGCAAGAAUCGUGUUUAAAAACAAGCAAAGCAUGCGAAAAACUCGUUUGUUUUAUUUUUUGUCAUUCCAACAUAAAAUGGCUUGUUUAUUUGUUUCCUAAAAGAGUUCACAGCUCUGGGAACAUCCACUUAAAUGUUUACAAUUCCUGAGUUGGCAACCAAAGAAACACCAAAAUAAAUGGUAGCUUUAUACAAAAUAAAUAAAACAUAAAUAAAUAACAGGAAAAGGCCAAUUCCACCGAUAUUCAGUCACUCCAGAGUCCUCAGUUAGCAGGUUGAAGUUCACGCAUAUUACAAAGUGUUUGAAGUUGUUCCGACAACCGUAAGGACUAUUUUGGUGAAAUCAGAUGUUUAGAUUGCCGCCCAAACGCAAACAUUCCGGACCCUGCAGCUGGUUUGCAGAUCGGUGCCACGUUUGUUUGCGAGUCCCCUCAUCUGUUGACACGACUUUCUUGACCGCUGAUAGCGAGUCGCUGAGAAAGAGCGAGGCCUCGAUAUCGCGGUCAGCGCCGCCCGGCCGCUCGGGUUGUUUCUCUUUACGUCGGUCGCAAUAAAACCAGCUCUGACGCCCAUUUGUGAGUCCUGCCUGUCAUUUUGGCGAGGGGCGCCGGGGUUAGCGCCGCGUCGUUAUGCUUGUUUAUGACCUUGUUUGGAAGAGUUAGCGCUUAUCUCUUUCGGUGAUCAUUGGGCAAUGACACUGUAAAAGGAAGUACACAAACACGGUACAAGAAGCAGAAGAGAACAAAAAAAAAAAGAGGAGUGCAAACCAAUGCCGUGUCAUUAAAAAAAAGAAAAAUGCGGGUUGCUUUUAUGAUACGUUACUCUUAAAUUUAAAUGCUACACAUGUAUAUGCUGCAAUGACGCGCCGUAACUUCAAUUAAGAAUAAAGACUAACUUUAGCUCCUCUCUGUUGAGAUUUACCCCCUCAAUAAAUCGUAGGUACUCUGCACCUUGUAGUAUUAACCCAAUCUUCCUCCCACAAGACAAAAACAACAACAAAAAACAAAAAUUAAUGAAUAUCGAAAUGUGAAUAUGGAUGGAAUUGCUGUAGCUAGCAUGGUCGCGUGUCUCUCGCCACUUCACAACUGAGAAAAAUACCAACUACUAUUUUCCUCUUGCUCAUUUGUCUGAGUGAUUCCUAGAUCUUCUCAAUUUUUCCACAAGCGACUCUUUAACAACACUGCCAUUAGUGAACUGGACCUUGGUCUGCGUCAUUUUGAGGUUUACCGUCCUGCUGUCUCCGGCGUCAACCCACCGGGCAGCCUCGCUUGCGUGUCGGACCUCUACCGGAGUUUUCCAUCAUGUUGCUAUCCAUUGUCAAGAUCAGCUGGUAGCCAAUGCUAGCGCCUCCUAUGCUAACCUGGCGCACCCACUGAUCUAAAAAAAAGACUGGAUAGCGCGUACACAUCGAGCGGUAUGUCGAUUGGUUGAAGCUAGUAGGCCGCCAUCUUGAUACUCCCAAAACGUGUGGAGGACAUGGUUUACAGGUUGGAUUAUGGCGGGGGUUUUCUCAAAGUUUGGCAUGUAGAAUUAAAACUGGUUGUGUGAGCUUGACAUUUUUUCAAUUCUGGUAACAUGAAGGAUUUUUAAUUCGACUUGGUAAGCCAAAAAAAGGCCAAGUGCAAAGGAAAAAGCGUAUUUUACCUAGGGCCAGAUUUCCGUGACAUGUUAACUUUCCCCAAAAUACGCUGUGAAGCACUAUCGUCAUAACAUAGCAAAAAGCUGAGCAUUUUUUGUCAUAAAAGUAUUAAAUUUUAUGGCAAUCAGUGUGAUAUAUUUUUGAAAACAAGGACUUGUGAUGGGAAAAUACAUGCUAAACGCUAAAAGUUCAUUUGUUCUCUCUGCGACUUCCUAUUUCAGACAGAAAAUUUCAACUUGUUUCCUCGCAUUUGAAAAUCAAAUUCAAUUUGCAGACUUCUGUAUUAGGAAAUUCAUCAAAAAAUUUCACAGAAAAUGUGUUUUCUUGCUUGUCCACUGAUGAAGUUUGGGAUAAUAUUGACAUCGCUUUUUUCGCGAAAAACCGUCGGCCUGAAAAGUUGAAGCAGAGUGUGAACAGUGAACAACGACAACCGUAAACAAAACUUAGUUCAAGUGAAUUAAGCUCAUCAGAAAAUGACAAUAAAAGCCUUUACAAACAAAAUUUAAAAGUGUCAAAGUAAAUCUUUCGAACUUACCUGUGGAAUGUUUUCUCACAGCCACGAAACUGGCGAUUAACGCAUGCGCAGGUCGGCACGGUUGUUUUGGGAGUAUCAAGAUGGCGGAUGGCGACUUCAGUUUUGGUGGCCAAUGAGCCAGCCAGUCUUUUUAAUUGACCUUUAAUUGACCAUCACGAGUUAUUACUAGUGCCAUUGAGUUCCUUGAAGGUUGCUGUAUAAAUCUAAGCUAUUAUUGCUAUUUUUGUAAGAGGAUUUCUUUUAUAUCAAUGCCUGUAUGUAAUGUAUUUCAUGUAUGGGGGACUAUAUUAAAGGGAUAGUACUGGUGGAAGGGAUAUGUGGUCGAGGUGCUGAAGUGUAAUUGUACGUUCGUGCACUGGAGCCGAGUGGCUGAAUAAAGUCUCCUGUGGAGUUAUCGCUCCUCUUAGUGUUUUUUCCACUCAACUUUUGAUUGUGUAUGACACCGAGCACACCAUUAAAUUAUUAUUAAUUAUCAAGACUCCACAGAUCACGCUCGCUAACAUGCUAUCGCUCUAGCUAGUAAACGUCAAGGAACAAAGAGGAACCAUUGAAACCUUUUGUAAGUAUCCUCACGCUAAAUACAAAAAUUGUAAUUGUUCCAAAAUGUAAUACCAUUUUCUUCGGUGCAAUAUUUGAAGUGAAAAUAUGUCA